AUGAAGCUCGUCAAAAGAAAUAUUAGCUCUAAAGAUGGCGGCGGAUCCAUUACUCUCCGUCCAGAUACACCUGAGGAUCUGUGGCACGCAUUCAAUUUGUUGCAGAAAGGUGACUGUGUUCGCUGUACAACAGUUCGAAAGGUAGUUAAGGAAAGCUCGACCGGUUCCACCACAUCCAAUAAAAAACGAUUGAUGCUGACUAUUGAAGUAAAGAAAGUCGACUUUGAUCCAGAUGUUCUUGAAGUACGAAUAUCAGGGAAAGUUCAGAGCGAAAACGAUUUUGUUCGCUUGGGAGCCCACCACACGCUUACACUCGAACUCAACCAGAACUUCAGCUUGGAAAAAGAGUGCUGGGAUCAAAUCUACUUGGACGUGAUAGAAGAAGCGUGCAACCCAGAACGACAGGCUGAAGUCGCGGGCGUAGUCUUGCAUUCUGGAUUGGCUCAUGUCUGCCUCGUAACGGGUGCUUUGACGAUCACUAAAGCUAGAAUCGAAGUGAAUAUUCCGAAGAAAAGAACUGGAUCCAGUCAAAAUGCGAAAUCUAUAAAGAAGUUUUUCGAGGCAGUGUACCAGGCUAUUCUUCGCCAUAUCGAUUUUGCGAGAGUAAAAGUGGUGCUGAUGGGAUCGCCAGGUUUUGUCAAAGACGAUUUUUUCAAGUAUCUGCAGGAAGAAAUGGUUCGAAGAGAUGACCGGCCAUUCAUCGAAAACAAGUCAAAGUUUGUUUUGUGCAAAGCCUCUAAUGGACACAAGCACGCGCUUGAUGAGGUUUUCUCUGACCCGGCAAUCAUGGCUAGAAUGAACGAUACAAAAGUUGCAAGAGAAGUUGAGGCUCUCAAUAAAUUUAUGCGGAUGAUGGAAGUAGACCCCGACAGGGCAUACUAUGGCUUUGCCCAUGUUUCAAAGGCUCAAGAGCAGCUGGCGGUUGAUACGCUCUUGCUGACAGAUCAGCUAUUUCGCAGUUCCAACGUCAAAGCACGGAAGGAAUAUGUCACCCUUGUGGAAGAAGCUCGAGCUGCAGGUGCAAAAGUUUUUAUCUUUAGUUCGAUGCACCUUUCAGGUCAACAACUGCAGCAGGUUUCUGGAGUAGCAGCUAUUCUUCGAUACCCAUUACCAGAGAUUGCAGAAAUCGGUGAAGAAGAAGAGGAAGAAGUUGCGGAUGAUGCCUCAUCGGACGAGGAGUAUGAUCCUCUGUGGCGCGUCAAGGAGGAUGUGGCAGAUAUGGGGUUAUAA